AUGUUUCAGGGGACGAAGCCUGCUGCCAGCCCACCAAUCACAGUGAAGCAUGCUGCCAGCCCACCAAUCACAGUGAAGCAUGCUGCCAGCCCACCAGUCACAGUGAAGCAUGCUGCCAGCCCACCAGUCACAGUGAAGCACGCUGCCAGCCCACCAAUCACAGUGAAGCAUGCUGCCAGCCCACCAAUCACAGUGAAGCAUGCUGCCAGCCCACCAAUCACAGUGAAGCAUGCUGCCAGCCCACCAGUCACAGUGAAGCGUGCUGCCAGCCCACCAGUCACAGUGAAGCAUGCUGCCAGCCCACCAAUCACAGUGAAGCGUGCUGCCAGCCCACCAAUCACAGUGAAGCGUGCUGCCAGCCCACCAGUCACAGUGAAGCAUGCUGCCAGCCCACCAGUCACAGUGAAGCAUGCUGCCAGCCCACCAAUCACAGUGAAGCACGCUGCCAGCCCACCAAUCACAGUGAAGCAUGCUGCCAGCCCACCAGUCACAGUGAAGCACGCUGCCAGCCCACCAAUCACAGUGAAGCGUGCUGCCAGCCCACCAGUCACAGUGAAGCAUGCUGCCAGCCCACCAAUCACAGUGAAGCACGCUGCCAGCCCACCAAUCACAGUGAAGCAUGCUGCCAGCCCACCAGUCACAAUGAAGCAUGCUGCCAGCCCACCAGUCACAGUGAAGCGUGCUGCCAGCCCACCAGUCACAGUGAAGCAUGCUGCCAGCCCACCAAUCACAGUGAAGCACGCUGCCAGCCCACCAAUCACAGUGAAGCAUGCUGCCAGCCCACCAGUCACAAUGAAGCAUGCUGCCAGCCCACCAAUCACAGUGAAGCACGCUGCCAGCCCACCAAUCACAGUGAAGCAUGCUGCCAGCCCACCAGUCACAAUGAAGCAUGCUGCCAGCCCACCAAUCACAGUGAAGCACGCUGCCAGCCCACCAAUCACAGUGAAGCAUGCUGCCAGCCCACCAGUCACAAUGAAGCAUGCUGCCAGCCCACCAAUCACAGUGAAGCAUGCUGCCAGCCCACCAAUCACAGUGAAGCAUGCUGCCAGCCCACCAGUCACAAUGAAGCAUGCUGCCAGCCCACCAGUCACAGUGAAGCAUGCUGCCAGCCCACCAGUCACAGUGAAGCGUGCUGCCAGCCCACCAGUCACAGUGAAGCAUGCUGCCAGCCCACCAAUCACAGUGAAGCAUGCUGCCAGCCCACCAAUCACAGUGAAGCAUGCUGCCAGCCCACCAAUCACAGUGAAGCAUGCUGCCAGCCCACCAAUCACAGUGAAGCAUGCUGCCAGCCCACCAGUCACAGUGAUGUGCUGGGCAGGCAGACACACACAAGUGAUCAAUGUGCUCUAA